GGAACUUUUACAUGGGAUCGAUGCUGCAUCCCUGCCGGCAUAUCAAAGUUUAAUCGCUGUAGGCACUCGCUUGUUCGAGCAUGACCACUCAUGUUCCAGAUUGCAUCCCAGCUGGUUGAUUCAGGGCCUGUAACCUAAGAAUGUCUCACGGCACUUCCACGGCUACCAUCCCGGGCGGCACAAAACCCUCGAUUCCGUGCAGUGCUAGCUCAAGUCAUCUUCGAAUGAUUAACAAGUCCCCACCCCCUCGUUCCGCUUCUCCACUGCAAUACAAGAGGUCGCUCCCCAACCGUCUCCCGGAGGAUUAUCCCCUGUCAGUUUAUCUUGUCUUCCUUUACCAGCGAGCAUUCUGCCAUAGUACCCACGCCCUUUCCAGAUCCUGUCGGCCGGUUCUGUCGUCGCAAAAGUCUUAUAUCGAUUUUUCCCACUCCUAGACCACCUCCAAUGCGAACUCGAUAGCUACCUACGAACGCCGCAAUGGGUUUCAAGCCGGACGCUGGCGUGAUGUGCGCUAUGACCAUCACGUUCGGUGUCGCUACAAUCCUCCUAAUCUGUCGCAUAAUCUCUCGAAGGAUGACAAAUGUGGCGCUGUGGUUGGAUGAUUACUUUGCUAUGGUUUCCUGGGUGGCGGCUGCUCUCUACUGUGGUUUUGCAUUAUACUGGGCGCUUGUAAUGGGUCUCGGCCACGUGAAAGCAGACAUUCCUCAUCCCGCAGAAGAGGUUGACGAAUACGCUCGAUUUGGGCUUUUCAUGGCCGAGUUCCUAUAUGCAUGGUCGCUUGGAAUGUCCAAGCUAGCUAUUCUAUGCUUCUAUUGGCGCCUGUUCAGUGUCUCCAACAUCCGACCAGGAAUCUAUAUACUCGGCGCAUGCACCAUAAUCUGGCUUACCAUUCGGACCUUCAUGACUAUAUUUCACUGCAUACCAGUUCAAGCGUACUGGAACUUCAACAUCAAAGACGCUGUGUGCACUAUUGAUCCCGGCAAGUUUAUGUUCGGCACGACCCUGGUUCAUCUUCUCCUUGAGAUCUCAGUCUUGCUGCUGCCUGUGUUCCAGGUGGCCAGUCUCAGACUUCGCCCGGGUCAGAAAUUUGCUGUUGUGGCCAUGUUCAUGUUCGGUAUCUUUGUCUGUGCUGCGUCAAUCGUAGUACUCAUUGUGGCAAUCAAUCUGAACGCUAAGACGACAGAGAUGUCAAGGGAUGUCAAAGGCGUCAUAAUCUGGGCAGGCACGGAAUCAUACUUGGCUAUCAUCUCUUCAUGUCUCCCCAUAACAAGACCUGUCUUCCGCAAAUUUCUGUCCGGCUCCAUACUUGGCUCCAAGUCCCACUCAACUGGCCCGAACCCUCUCAGCGAUUUCAGCGGCAAGGGCAUCAAACUUCGGAACAGUCAUCGCACGAAAGAGCUCGACGAUAAUAGUUCAGAGCGGCAACUUGCUCAACACGAGGAUGGGUCGUCUGGCCGUGGUGAUAUGUACUAUGAAUCUUAUGCGGAGCGCGGAGGAUACAACAAAACUGUUGUUAGUCGCGUGGACGAGGUACCUGACGGCAACGCUAACGCUCCGGGAACGUAUGGCAUUCAAGUCAGGAAUGAGACUAAUGUACGUUAUGAAUCCAUUUGAAUGAAAGAAAGGUUGAGGGCUUUUCAACUUGCUCUCGUCGAGUGAUCUCUCUAUACAUCAUCAUCAUCAUAUAUAGCUUGUAAUAAGACUUGCGG